AUGCCGAUCUCAACCUAUGUUCCCCGCGACACGCUCCGGACCGAAUUCUCGGCGGCGUUAUCAGAAAUGUAUCGGGUCGAGGUUCCGCUCUAUGGGGACUUGGUCGAGCUGGUCGAUGAGAUCAAUGGGGGGGUGGUGAAGAAGGAAGGUGAUCAUCUCGGGGAGUGGCAGUCUGCAGACCGUCUCAAUGUCGAGCGACACGGCGCUAUCCGCCUCGGUACACCCCACGAGCUCCAUACCAUCUCACGCCUAUUCGCUCUCCUCGGCAUGUACCCUGUGGGGUACUACGACCUCUCAACGUCCGGCGUUCCCGUCCAUUCUACCGCUUUCCGCCCCUUGUCCCCUUCUGCACUCGCCAUCAACCCCUUCCGGGUCUUCACAUCCCUCCUUCGCCCUGAGCUCAUUCUCGACACUCGUCUCCGCGAAGAGUGCCUCGCCAUCCUGUCCAAACGAAACAUCUUCCAUCCUCACCUUCUUCCGCUCAUCGCUAAGGCGGAGAAUCAAGGCGGAUUGGGUAGGAGCGACGCGGCGGAGUUAGUCGAGUACGCGCUGGAGACGUUUAGGUGGCAUGAGCGGAGUCUGGUCUGUCGGGAGACAUACAGCCGGAUGAGAAAGGCGCAUCCGCUCUUGGCGGACAUAGCGGGGUUUAGGGGCCCGCAUAUCAACCAUUUGACCCCAAGGGUGUUGGAUAUUGAUGCGGCGCAGAAGAGCAUGGAAGGCAGGGGUAUUCCGCCCAAGGAUAUCAUCGAAGGCCCACCGAACAGACUCUGCCCUAUCCUCCUCCGUCAAACGUCCUUCAAGGCCUUGACUGAGCCCAUCCUCUUUGCCGAAGGUUCAGGCGGGGAGAUGGGAAGCCAUCGGGCGAGGUUUGGGGAGAUUGAGUCGAGGGGUGCUGCGUUAACCCCAAAGGGUCAUGAGCUGUACCUCUCCCUUCUUGCCAAAGUCCCGGUCGUCCCUGGCGAAACAAACGAAGCGCACCAGCUCAAACUCGCCGUCGCGUUCGAGGCGUUUCCGGAUACAUGGGCUGAGAUUCGGACUCAGAAACUCGCAUAUUUCCGCUAUUUCACCCGCCCCACCAGCUCCACCAUGUUCGGCGGUAUCGUGUCCCAAGCGGACGCCGAGUCUCGACCUACACCGGAGACGCUAGAGGAGCUCAUCGUCAGCGGAAAAGUCGGAUUCGAGCCGAUCGUAUACGAAGACUUCCUCCCCGCGAGUGCAGCGGGGAUAUUCCAGUCCAACCUUGAUCAGAGGGGCCCGGAGACGGAAACAACAGAGUCGAGCCGGGAGGUGUUUGAGCGAGCGCUGGGUGGGAAAGUAGCGGAUUACUGGGAGCUCUACGAAGCGAUGGAGGAGGCUAGUCUUGUGGAGGUUGCGAAGGCGUUCGGGAUGAGGUGUUGA